CGAUAAAAAAGAAGAAGAAGUGUUUCGUUUUAUAGUUAAUAACAUGGAUCGUAACCUGUACAAUGCUGCUAGUGAAGGCAAAGUUGAUGUCCUCCGGCAACACUUUGAUCAACUAGAAAGCCAAGCCACUGCCAAUAGAAACACUGCUCUCCACGUGGCAGCCCAAUUCGGCCGAUCGCAAUGUGUGGCCGCGAUCCUAGAAGUGUGCCCCUCGUUGUUGUUACGCCGAGUGAACAACAGAGGGGAAACGCCACUUCAUAUGGCGGCGAGGGAAGGGAACCCUGAAAUAGUCGAAGUGCUCAUUGAGAGUGCGAAAAAGAUGGAGCAAGAACUUGAAAGCUGCUUGGGUGGGGAAGCUAAGAAGAUGUUAAGGGCGACCAAUGUUGACGGAGACACGGCCUUGCACAUGGCGGUGCGGAAUUGCCACAUGGAAAAGGACAAGCACUUGGAAAUGGUCAGAUUGUUAACCAGAGAAGAACCUGAGUUUCAACAUCCCACCAACAAUGCUAAGGAAACUCCACUUUACCUGGCUGCUGAGCGAGGUAGCGAGGACAUAGUGGUUACGCUCUUGGAAAUUUGCACAUCACCAACUUAUGGCGGCCCUGGUGGAAGAACAGCAUUGCACGCGGCAGCACUUAAAGAUCACUUCACAGGUCGACUUACAAAAGCAUUGUUGGAAUGGAAGAAAGAUCCAAUCAAUCAAGCAGAUGAGUAUGGGUGGACACCACUUCACUAUGCUGCAUGCAAUGAGAGUGGAAAGGGAUCAGUUAAGGAACUACUAGAAAUGGAUAUAUCAGUGGCAUUCAUUACCACUACAAACAAGGACGGUCUGGAAACAGCUCUUCACAUUUCCGCAGCUCAUGGGCACGUAGAUGUAAUGAAAGAGCUUUUAUCAUACAAUCCAGAUUGUUGGGAGAUGGUCAAUAGUAAAGGGCAGAAUGUCCUUCAUAUUGCUGUAGACAUGAACAGGAACUCAGUGAUUUAUUUUAUAUUAUGUCAGUCCUGGGUUGGGCAACUUAUAAACCAAAAGGACAGUGAAGGUAACACACCUCUCCACGUACUUAUUGCUUCCGAUUGCAAUGCUGAUGAGCUAUGGGAGCUGAAACAGCUAUGGUGGCAUCGUAGAGCAGAUCAUCAUGCUUUCAAUGGCAAAAACAUGACUCCCGUGGAUUUAGUGUGGUCCAAUCUUAUGGAGGAAAGGAUGUCGACCUUCACUGCAACAUACAUUAUGGUAAGUACAUAUGUUCUCAUUGCAUGAUGACAUCACUGUUAGAAGCAAGCGUUCCAUUUUGUUAUGCCUCUUCUUCAUCAUCCAAUCAAUACAUAGAAGCACAGUACUCGUGCUAUGGACAUGAACAAAGAAAAUUUUGUUAUAGAUCAAAAUUUUAGUAGGAGAAAAGUUUGAAAAUAAGAGAAAAUUUGUGAGAAAGAAGGAAAAAUAAUAAUCAUUGUUGAGGAUAAAUCAAGUAGGGGAAAAGGUUAAUCGAGAGAGCUUCUUUCUACUUUUAGUAAAUAUAGUUGCUUAAAGCAACUCCAACUUGCAGUAUUUCAUGUUUAUUGUAUUGUUGAUUCGUUCUUUUAACCGAGUAUAAAAGCGCUUGAGUGUGGACCUAACUCGGAUAUUUAGCUCCGCACUAGGGAGCCGUUAAAAGUGCUUAAACAUGAUCCUAAGUGGGGAAUUCAGCCCCAGAUUGGGGGGCCGUGAAACGCAUUUGAGUAUGCAAUUAAAUCGAUCAUUUAAACUCCAUACUGGGGAGCAGUGAGUAUGGAGGGUUUACCAAAACACUCGAAAAAUUCGAAAAAGCACUUAGGCUAAGCACAGAGAAGCUUAGGCCUGAGCAAACGACAAGUGCUCAAAAGCAUGAAACAGCUAAGUACGAAAAAACGUAGGAUUAGGCGACAAGGGAUGCGUACGAAAAAACUUACGAUUAGGCGACAAGUGAUGCCUGAGCAACGAAUAUUGCUCGAUGCUAAAUACGAAUUAAUAAACUUAGGAUUGGGUAACGAAUGAUGCCCGAGCAACGAAGAAUGCUCAAUGUCUGAAAUGGCUAAGUGCGAGUUAACUUGGGCCUGGGCAACAAGUAAUGCCUGAGCAGCGAAUAUUGCUCAAAGCUAAGUACAAAUACACUUGGGCAGGGACAGCGAACGGUGCCCGAGCAACAAGUAUUGCUCAAAGCUAAGUACGAAUACACUUAGGAAGGGGCAGCGAACCCGAGCAACGAGUAAGUACGAAUACACUUAGGAAGGGGCAGCGAACCCGAGCAACGAGUAUUGCUCACAGCUAAGUACGAAUGAACUUAGUCCUAGGCAGCGAAUAGUGCCAAAUGGUAAAAUAAAGUACGAAAAGACUUAAAUAUGGCGCCCAAGUAGUGAGCAUUACUCGGGAGAGGGAUAGUAUGGAAAAGUCAAAGAAAUAUACAAAUGAAAUCAAGAACUAGAGAGAAGAAAUACAGUAGAGAGAGAGAGAAAGAGGAGCUAUGUAUUAUCUCGUUGUUCUAUUACAAAACCCAGAACUCAGC